GUAUGGCUUAUAACUUUUCCCCUUGAGAGUCAACAGAUUUCAAUCUCAAUUGAGCAAGAAAUUGCUUUACUUGAGUCUUGACUCUUGAGAGGUGGAUCAUCAAAUGGGGAUAAGUUAUACUUCGAGAAGGAUGAUGAAUGGUAGUACUUUAAUCGGUACUUUGGUUGUUCUAAUGUUGUUAAUACAUCCGGGGAGGGCUGGGGUGUACGGGUGCUGGGGUGGGUGUCUCAAUCAGUGUGUACUUAUCGCUGACAAAAAGCCUGAAGAAAAAUCACCAUGUUAUUGGAAUUGUUUAGCCAACUGCUUUCCUGAAUCGGGUCAAAUUUCAACCCAUUCAUCAUCGGCUAGUGAAAUUGCUGGAUCUCCAUUACCAAAUACCCCUCCCAUAUCUCUCAAUAACAAACCCACAUUUCCUCAUUUUGGCUUGGGUAAAAAGUAUUAUUGCAUCAUCGGUUGUUCUUUGCAUAGUUGCCUUAUUCAUGGUCAUGCUGGAGUCGAUUUGAAGCUCUGUCUCAUAAGGUGUACACACAAAUGCAAAUAGUACUUGGUGUUUAGGUUUUGGUUUGUUUGUAUUAUUUUAUUUCUAAUAUUCUCGUAAAACCAGAAAAAAAUGAUAUAAACGAACUAAAGCUUAUGUUA